CUCUCCCACAACAGCUAGACGGUCCCACGCCAAAAAUAAUGUCCACCGAAGAUUUGAGCAAAGAAAUUUUGAAGCAGGUUGAAUUCUACUUCUCCGACUCCAACUUGCCUAACGACAAGUACCUCUGGAACGUUACCCAGGCCAACGACGGCUGGGUCGAGAUUUCCUCCAUCGCUACUUUCAACAGAAUGAAGAGAUACAGACCGGUGGAUACCAUUGUUGCUGCUUUGCAGACCUCUACCUUCUUGGAGUUGUCUGAGGACAAAGAGUCUGUCAGAAGGGUGGACCCAAUCGGCCCGGCUGAGGAAGCCAAGAGAAGAGUCUUAGAGAAAACCGUUGUGGUCAAGGAUCUCCCGGUUGAUCUCACGUUGGAACGGGCCGAAGAGUUCUUUAGUAAGUUUGGCCAGAUUAACCAGGUCAGAUUGAAGAAGAGAGACCGUGCCUUUACCGGUAAGGUUUUUGUUGAGUUCAAGGACACUGAAGAGUUUAACAAGUUUUUGGAUCAGAAGGUGACCUACCCAGAUGGGUUUAUGAGUGAAGCUGCUGUUGCCGCUGCUGCUGCCGCUGCUGCUGCCCAGACUGCUGAAGUAGCCACCGAAUCUGUUGCAGAAGUUACCGAAGAUGUUGCGGCAGUUACUGAAGCUGUUGCUGAGGUUGCUACUGAGACUGUUGAUGCCGCUAUUGAACCAUCUGUCAAGCCAUUAUUCAUAAUGUCCUUCUCCAAGUACAAUGAGCUCAAGAGAGCCGAGAACCAGUUCGGCGACCAGACUAGAAGAAGAUCUUUCAACCACAAGGAUGGUGAAGACGGUGAGAGAAGUUCCUUCCGCGGCAGAGGUAGAGGCCGUGGUGGGAGAGGGAGAGGUGGCCGUGGUGGCCGUGGUGGUAGAGGCGGCCGCGGUGGUAGAAACAGAGGUGAUGAUGUCAACGGGUUCAGAAACAGAAACGCCGAAAGAGACGGUGCCGACGCUUCCAGAGCCCGUGAGAGCUCUCCUCAGAGACCAACUGUCGAAUAAAAGAAUAUUGACACGACUUACGAUCCCUCACCAUUUUGUUUAAGUCUGUAAAGCAGGCUUCUGUUUAUAGCUUCCGCUACAUGUAUAAUAUAUAGAGAACGUUUCAUAAUUACUCUGUGCA